AUACCGUUGAUUGUUGGGUCGGAGCGUAUUGGUACGUGUUCCGACCGUGUCUACUUUUAACCAUGCUGCCACCGCCGAACAGCUGUUUACAGUGUUUUUUGAAUUUACCUCCCCCGUCCCACCAUGUAUCGCACCGCCCGGAAAGGUACACUGCGUAGCUGCUGCUGCCGUCCACGGUCUACCGUCUCUAACACAUAAAUUCCGAAGGAGACUUCAUUGUCCUCUCGGUCGCUGCCGCUUUCGGUCCGGCACCAUCCGACACCGUUUGCUCAUCCCACCACCGGUUAGUUUUCUUCUUCCGUUGGACGUUACACACCUCCCCUUCCCCUUAGUAGUCUCCACUAGUGCCACUUCCAUUGUCACUGUUACUACCGCGUUCAACAGGACAACUAACCGCUGCACUGACGACCUAGACUUUACCGAAGGUUUUGGGUCCGGUUGGACAUUGCCUUGUCUUCGGCCGACAGCCACGGUGAUUUCAGCAACGAUCGUGUUAUCAUCUGUUUAUGCAGUCUGCUGUUACCGAACAGCUGUGAGUGAGAGAGAGACAAGUGAGACAGUAAACGAUCGAGUAAGUGUUACAAUAUUGUUAUUAUUUUUCACUUUGGAGUGUGAGUACACUUAUUUAUUUCCCACGGCUGCUUACUCAUUGAUUUUCAUAAGCCAUGGAUGUGGAUGAUAUAGACUGCCAACAUCUCAUGGAAGCGGUCAAGAAUUUAAAUGUGGACGCUGACGAGAUGAGGGUUACACUAAACAACAGGAGUUGUAAUGUAUGUGUUGGAGUUGAUCAAUUAUGGAUUUGUUUGGAGUGUAGACAAAUUUUGUGUGGUCCUAAUGCUUUAGGACAUAAUACUGCACAUUAUGAAUUCCAUAAAAAUCAUUGCAUUUUUAUAAACCUUGAGUCUGCAGCUAUAUUUUGUUUCAAAUGUGAUUCGGAUGUUGUUCCUAAAAAUCAUGAUGACGAGCUUAAUAGAUUGAGACAAUUUAUUUUAUAUAACCAAGGAUCAAAUGCAAAUGAUACUAAAAAAAAUCCAAGAAAAAGGUCACCCCCUAAAAAAUCUACUAAGCCAAGAAAGAAGACUGGUCGUAAACGACGUUAUAGGUCCAAAAAAAAAACUGUUGGAUCUAAAACUGGAAUUGAUUCUACAGAACUAAGCGAAAAUGAUCCUGAAACUGUCAUGUUGAAAAAUGGACUUAAUGCUACACCAAAAAAAAUUAUUACCAAAAAAGCAGCAAAACCAAAAAAACCGAAAAAGCCUAUUUUUAAACGAGGUCCAAGAACCAAUAAAAAAGUUGGCAUAACUAAUAGCGGAAAUAAUUGUUUUAUGAAUGCUAUCUGGCAAGUUUUACGUCAUUUGAAGCCAUUUAUGUACUGCUUGAAAUUGUGUAGAACUGCUGAUGUAGUGUUUUAUAAUAACAACGAUAAUAUUGCUCAAAAAACCGUUAAGUUGACUAUAGGAGAAGAAUUGUGGAAAUUGUUAACAUCCUUAAUUGAUUGGAAACAACCUUCUGGCAAAAAAAAUCGAGAUUCUAUUUCACCAGCUGAUCUUUAUACAAUUGUUUGUAAAAUUAAACCUCGCUACAAAGGAUUUCAUCAACAUGAUGCUCAAGAGUUCUUAAUGUUCACUUUGGAUACAUUACAUUCUGAGUUGAGAGAUGAAAAAAUAAGAAAAUUAACUGAAAGAGGCACUGAAAUUGAAAAUCCAAAUAAAAUUGAUACUCUUGUGUCCGUAAUAUUUCGUGGAACUUUAUUGAGUGAGGUGUUUUGUUUGAACUGUAAUACUCCUUCUAGAACAAAUGAUCCAUUCUCGGAUAUUUCAUUGGAUAUUCCAGAUUAUAAGAAUAUUGAACAUACAGAAACAGAACCUCGUCCAGUUGAUCUUUUGACUGAUUGUUUAGCAAGAUACAUCGCUGUGGAAGAACUUAAUGAGAACAAUUUCUAUCUUUGUAGCAAAUGUGAAAGCCAACAAAAGUCCACAAAGAGAUUUUGGAUUAACUCUUUGCCUAAUGUGCUCUGUCUACAUCUCAAACGUUUUAGAUGGGAUACAAAUUAUCGUACUAAAGUUCAUACUCAUAUUAAAUUUCCUAUGAAUUCAUUAGAUAUGUCUCAAUAUUUAGACGAUGAUAAGAAGGAGACUCUGAACAAAGAUUCUUCAUAUAUGUUUGAUUUGAUAUCUGUUAUUGUGCAUGAUGGAGAAGGAGGUGGCUCUGGACAUUAUACUGCAUAUGCUUUAGAUGACAAGGAUGGUCAAUGGUAUGAAUAUAAUGACGAAAAAGUACAUGAAGUGGAUACUGCCAUGGUGGAGAAUUUACAAGCGUAUUUAUUAUUUUACAUCAAAAGAGAAAUCCAAAUGAACCUUAGUUAUUGACUAGAAAAAUCAUGCUAAUUACUGUAAUUAAAUGGAAAUCUGUAAUUUGAUUUUCAACUAUCCUUAUUAGAAUAUCCUUUAAUGUACAUAUAAGAAUAUCUUUCAAACAGUAUUCUUAUUCAGAAGUGUUUUUAUGCUUUAAAUGUCCCUGUGAGUUUUAAGUUUUUCUUUUUAACAAAUAAGUUUUUUUAUGUACAAGGAAUUUAUGUUAAAAAUGAUAUAUUAUUUUGAAUAAUGAUUUUUAAUUUAAAUAUAAUAAUUAGACAUGAAAUUCAAUCAUGUUUUGGUGACUGGCUUAAACUAUUUCAUUAU